UACAACGUUAUUUGGGGGGGUGGGGUGGGGUGGGGUGGUGUUUCAGUUUUUAUUCAAAGUAGCGAUGACCAAAUUUGUCAGCCCAAUUAUAAAAAAUAAAAAAUAAAAGAUAAAAAGAAACCACCUUAUUUGGGCUCAUCCCGGAUUUAUGCUUGCGUAACAUGUAUUUUUUCUCAAACCAUAGUACAGAAAAAUUUAGCACAAGAAAAAAAAAGAAGAAGGCGGCAAUAUAUGUUACAUUCUAGGAAGCUUCCUCUAAAAAUCCCCUUGCAUAGCAGAAUUCAUAUUUAGAACCAUACCCUAUCUCACUUGCCAUCUACCAGCAAGAAAACCAAAGGGAAAAAAAAUGUAUCACAUUUCUUUCUUUUUAAACUGCUGCUGCUUGUUUUUCCUUGUAAUUCCUCAUUCAAAAUUCUCCACCAUUGCUGCAACAGCUGUUGAUAUAAUCGACCAAACCUGCAAAAAAUGCACAGAUGAAUUUGACGUCAUUAGCUACAAGGUUUGCGCAACCUCUCUCCAAGCCGUGCCUGUCAGCCAUGUGACUAAUCUUCAAGGACUAGCAUUGAUAGCAAUGGAGCUAGCACUACAAAAUGCAACCAACACACUGUCCACCAUAGAGAAGUUCUCGAGUAACAAAAGUUUCGAUCCUUUUGCUCUGGUUUGCUUGAAGGACUGCUUGCAGCUAUAUUCGGAUGCGAUCACAACACUGAGGGAUGCUGUUGGAGCAUUUCUGAGGGAGGAUUACGACACGGCAAAUAUCUGGGUGAGUGCAGUUAUGGAAGCACCAACUACAUGUGAAGAAGGGUUUAAGGAGAAGGAAGGUGAAGUGUCUCCAUUGAAAAAUGAGAAUUACAAUCUUUUUCAAUUAUGUGAUAUUGCACUAUGCAUAAGCCACAUGCUUAAGUACUUAGGGUCUACAUUCUUGACAGGAUGCUCUGCAACUUAAUUAGUCUUUGUGUUGAUUAUCAAUGUUCCUUGUUGAAUAAGAGCUGCUGCUCUGCAAUUAUUUGAAUUUUCUUUGCGUA